AAGAGAAUCGGAGCACGUACCACCAUCCAUGUGUGAUGUAUUUGCGGACGGUAUCAAAGAGAAUCCAGCAGCACCUCAUCACUUCUCUCCUGAAAUCUCUGACUGGCCUCGUAUUAUCGUCCCUACUGAAUUGUUAAGUUUCCCAUCGGACAAAGUGAACGUUCCUCGAUGGUUUUUAUUGUUUACGGAUAUUCCUAAAAAGGGGAAGAAGACAAAAAUACCACAUCAACUCACAGUGAAAUUUACUGCCCGAAUUGAAGAUUGUCACCUGCUGGAGAUCGGCCCUUUCACUCCAGAAAUCAGAGAAAACCUUUCGACAGCAAGAAGAAUCAAUUGUUGUUGGAUUGAUUUGUCAAAAAGAAAGGAGUAGAAAAAGGAAGACACCCCCACUGGAUUGUCAAUCGCUCCUGCUUGCGGAUGUUGCAGCAAGGAACACGUCGGAUCAUGGACGCGGCGGAUUUUGGAGGUUUCCAGCCAUCUGUCAUGACUUUGUGCCUGCCCAGUCAGUACCACCACCACAAUCAUCACCAUCAUCUGAGUACAAGCCAUGGCGGCAGCUCGUCAGCUGCGGAUUCAUUCCGGCCGUACGGCAGCGGUGGCAACGGCAAUCCGUCGUCAUCGUCUUCAUCGGUGGCGGCAGCGGCGGCGGCGGCUGCCGUUGCGGCUGCAGCCGAUCUGAGUCUCUUCUCGCCGAUGAGCGACAGUCUGAAAGGGCCAGGGCAGCAGCAGCACGGCAACCACUACGGUGGCGGGCCUUUGAGUGCAGGUGGCAGUCAACCGUCGCACAAGCUGAUGUCAAUCAUCAAGAGUCAAGCCGGAUUGAAUAGCGAAGUGGAAAGAAUUCAAUCCUCAACUUCUUCGGCCAGUCUAGGCUCGAACAAGUUGAGACAGUCGACAGCAGUUGCCCCUUCGUCGUCUUCCGCAACCGCCUCCUCUUCUCCGACCAACCGGACGGUUUGUUCGACUCCAUCAACUGCUGCUGCUGCUGCCUCCAUCUCGCAUCACUUCAAUCUCGGCGGCAAAGAAGUCAGCCCAGGGGGAGGAGGAAUGCACCCUUCCCUAUCACCGUGGUUCAUCCAGCAACAGCAACAACAACAACAACAACAGAAACCGAUCGGCAGCAACAAGAAGAGGCGCCAGUUGUCCGAAUCCGCUUCAGGUAGCGAUGACGAGCACUUCCAUCCGGAUGACGGCGGAAUGGAGCAUCACAACAGUCUGUCCGAAGGGGAGACAUCCGGUGGUGGAAGCGGAAGGAUGGGUCCGUCGCAUCACCACCAAACGGUCAUGGGUUUGGGCGGAAUGACAGGAGCCGGAAUGUCGUCAGUGGCUGGUGGCGGAUUGACGACUAGCAAUCCGGCCAGCGGAUCAUCCCGCAAAAACCGACAGGGCAAAGCCGUCCGGCUGAGCAUCAACGCUCGUGAGCGGAGACGAAUGCACGAUCUGAACGACGCCCUGGACGAAUUGCGCAGCGUCAUCCCUUACGCCCAUUCGCCGUCCGUCCGCAAAUUAUCCAAAAUCGCCACUUUGUUGUUGGCCAAAAAUUACAUCAUGAUGCAGGCGAACGCGCUGGACGAACUCCGACGAGUCGUCACUUACAUGAACCAGACGACUGGAUUAUCCAUUCCGGCUUCCGUCACGGCCAUGAUGACCAAUCCGCCUGGGAGCAAUCUCCAGCCCAGUGGACCCAACGGCAGUCCCAUGCCAGUCGGAGGAUCGACGGCAGUUCCUGGACAAUCGUCGCCCACGUCCGCUGAAUCCGGUUGUCUGGCCGGAAUGCUGGCAGAGUCGCAAUCGAGCAAUGCAAGUGCCAGCAGCAACAGCAGCAGCUUCGCUAUCUCGGGGCUACUCAAUAAGUCAUCGGCGCCGGUCGGUGCACCUCCGGCAGCAGGCAAGGCCACCAACAACAACGGUCAAUAACUCUUUCGCAAUCUAUUUGAACGUUUUUCGUUUUUUUUUUUUUUUUUUGUUGGAAUUUCUCCUCAAAGAAGAACGGACGUGAUUCCGGUUUGAAAUUGUGUGUCUGUGUGUGUUUGGUUUUCCUUUUGUAUUUUAAUUUCUUCUCCUUUUUGACUCUUGACGUUGUUGACUUUCGUGUCCACCUUUCAGCAAACAUGACAAAACCAAAUAUUGAAAAUCUAGUCAGUUUGUGCGUGUCGAGUGUAAAUAACGACGGUAUUACUUUCAUUCCCAAUUUGAAUAAUUUCCAUCGACACUUUCUCAUUUUCUUCCUACGUACUUGUUCCCUUGACAAAAACCGCCACAUUUGCUUCAUCUAUUCACAGUUUUUAAUUUCCCUUGGCUGCAUAAUAUUCUGGAUGAAAAAUGGCCGCGCGAAACGGAAAAUAAUGUAUCGUGUUAUGAUAAUAAUAAUAUAUUAGCUUGAAAUUGA